AUGCAGGGCCCACCUCUUACUCAGCUGGCCCUGGUGCUGGCAGCUAUGGCUCUGCUGGGGGCUGAAACCCCCAGAGAAGAGGAGUCAGCCACCAGCACCGGAGGCCUCAUCUUCCACCGGGACUGGAACUGGCUGCCCCCAGACCUCUGGCCACCAGGCAGCCUCGCGGAUCCCCUGUGCCUGGUGACGCUGGACAGGGCCAGCAACUGGAGCGGUGCCCCACUGCGGGUGGUGGGGGCCCUGGGCAGUUAUGAGCAGGCCUUCUUGGAGGCCGUGCAGCAAGCCCACUGGCACCCCCGUGACCUGGCUACCUUUGGGGUCUGCAGCCCUGGUGACAGGCAGGCUGCCCUGCCUCCUCUGCGGCGGCUGGGAGCCUGGCUGGGGGAGCCUGGGGGGCAGCAGCUGUUGGUCCUGCACCUGGUGGAAGUGACUUGGGAGCCGACGCCCUCACUGAGGUUCCAGGAGCCUCCAGCGGGAGGAGCCAGUCCUCUGGAGCUGGCGCUGCUGGUGCUGUAUCCUGGACCCGGCCCCGAGGUCACUGUCACCGGGGCUGGGCUGCCAGGUGUCCAGAACCUCUGCCCGUCCCGGGACACCCGCUACCUGGCGCUGGCCGUGGACCGUCCGGCGGGGGCCUGGCGCGGCGCCGGGCUCUCCCUGACCCUGCGGCCCCGCGGAGACGGUGUCUCCCUGAGUACGGCCCAGCUGCAGGCGCUGCUGUUCGGCGCCGACCCCCGCUGCUUCACGCGGAUGACCCCGGUCCUGCUCUUGCUGCCGCGGCCCGGGCCUGCGCCGCUGCCCGCGCACGGCCAGCUGGACACGGUGCCCUUCCCGCCGCCCAGGUGCGCGCAGGCCNGGUGA